CCGCGCGUGUCACCAAGGCUCCGGGGCCGCUCAGCAAGAUGGCUGCGUUCCUGCGAGCUCGUAAAUAUGUCCGCUGUGUUGUCCGUUUCUCCGACCGUGAACUGUAAACGGGACCGGUGAGCACCUGCGACUAUAAAAAGGAGACCUACAGGCCAAAGUGUCAUGGCUGACGACGAUACUGUUAUUGGAGGUACAUUAGAGGAUGAAGAUGAGAGUUCAGAUGACCCAAACCUUCAGGUGGAGCUCAAUGCGUUCCGAGCUCAGUGGAUGUCUGAGCUCAAACCGAGCUCUGGGGCGACUGGGAUAAGUGACCGGCUGCAGAGGGCGAGAGGCGUGAGGAGGAACCAGGACAUUGCUCGGGAGGAGAAAGCUACAGAGCUGUUUCUGAGAGCUGUUCAGGAGGAGCAGAAUGGAGCCGUUUACGAAGCUAUCAAGUUCUACCGCAUGGCCAUGCAGCUUGUUCCUGAUAUCGAGUUUAAAAUCAACUACAGCCGUCCUCCUGAUGCAGACAGAGGGGGAGGAAAUUACAUGGAGGACAGUGACACCGAGGGGGAGAUCGAGGACCUGCUCGCCUACUUUGAGCAGCAGCUCAGCCUGGAGAGCUCCUUUCCAAAGAUCUGCAUCCCUGAGCUUGAAAUAACUCAGACGCAUAUUUCAGCCUUGCCACGGGAAAUCCUGAUGUACAUAUUCCGCUGGGUUGUGUCAAGCGAGCUGGACAUGCGGGCCCUGGAGCAGCUCUCCUCGGUCUGCCGUGGGUUUUACAUCUGUGCCAGGGACCCUGAGAUUUGGCGCUCCGCUUGUUUAAGAGUGUGGGGACGGAACUGCACCAAACUAGUACCCUUCAAGUCCUGGAGAGAAAUGUUCCUGCAGAGGCCACGUGUCCGCUUUGAUGGUGUUUAUAUCAGCAAGACGACAUACAUCCGUCAGGGAGAGGAAUCCCUGGACGGCUUCUACAGAGCUUGGCAUCAUGUUGAGUACUACAGGUACCUCCGGUUCUUCCCCGACGGCUUCGUCCUGAUGCUCACCACCCCCGAGGACCCUCUGUCCGUCGUUCCCCGCCUGCGUACGAGAAACACCAGAAUGGAUUCUGUUCUGCUCGGCCACUUCCGUCUGUCCCAAGAGACGGACAACCAAACCAAAGUCUUUGCCGUCGUCUCCAAGAAGAAGAAGAAGGAGGAGAAAGCAACCGAGUUUCAAAGGAAUCGGUUCUGCAGGCGGAACCAGGCUCCCGAGGCUGAACACACCUUCCAUGUGGGCCUGCAUCUCGCCUCCAGAGGGCGCCAGAAUUUCAGUAAGCUAGUGUGGAUCCACCACUCCUGCCACAUCACCUACAGGCUGACUGGGGAAACUGUCAUCACAACAUUCGACCUCGACGGGAUGUACUCGCCCUUCUUCUUUGCCCGCGUGAAGAGCUACACUGCUUUCUCUGAGCAGCCCCUGUAAGGAGCGGAGACGGUCGUGCAUGAUCCCCAAGAAGGCCCACGGAAGAAGCCGUCUCACCGUUUCCAUAAGAGUGGACCCUCCUCAGUCUGUUUAGUUUGUGCUGUAGCAAGAAUUACUGUCUCCCCUUCUUAAAGCCCUCAUAUUUCUCCACACGCGAGCAUGUUUGGUUUCAGGUUUGCCUUUUAGGAUGCUGCUUAUUUUCUGAUAAUCAGAAAUUACAGUGAUUUGCUGAAAGCUACACUGAUUAGCAAUCUUUCCCACCCGUUUCGAGCAAUGAAUGUGAUUUUCGUUUCAUUGUGCACUUUCUUCCUCAAAUAAAUGAGAUGAAAAAAAAAAAAAA